AUGCCCAAGUACGCUGUUCACAUGGCACACCUAUCUGCACAGCACGCACCUAAUCAAGUUACAAUAUAUACCAAUGGGUCACCUUCCCUAUCGAAAGAGAUCAAGCAGAUUUCUGGAUCAUCUCCGGGAUGGAAGACAGAUGACCGUGUCAUCAAAUCACUGGAGAUGCACCCUGACAGCAACUAUGGAAUCGACAUCAAAUUCGAGGAUGGAAGUCAAGCAACUGAGGCUUUCCUUGCCCAUAGUCCAUUUACAGUGCCCCGUGGCCCUUUCAAGGAGCAGUUGGGUAUUCAACUGGGGCCUACAGGUGAUUAUGCCGUCGAUGGGCCAUCAAAUGAGACAAAUGUCAAGGGAGUCUUUGCAGCAGGCGAUUGUAUGACAAUGUUCAAGGUGGCAACAAAUGCUAUCUAA